AUGGCAGAACUUGCUAUCAGCUCGACGCAGCUUCUGCUGCAGAUCGUCAUCCCUCUCCUGCAAGAGUUCGACAUCGGGAAGAAAGUGAAGCCCGACGUGGACAUCGUGCAAAGCUGGCUCACCACAACAAAGGCAUUCAUUGAAGACAACGAUGGCCGCGAAGGCGGCAAGACACUGGAAGAGUACAUGAAGGAAGUUCGAGAAAUUGCAUACGACAUGGAAGACAUUCUCGAGGAGAUUCUCCACCACGCGCCGCCCGAUUUGCUCCACCGCCAUGGAUUCGCUCACAGCAACCUUCACAAUCGCUUCACUCAGAAGGUUUACCGCAUCGCCCACAACGUGAAGCACAACUUUCCCCUUUACGGAAUUUCCGACAAGAUUGCAGGCGUCAAGAGCCGCAUAGAUGUCCUAAGAGAAAAGCGCGAAACAUACGGCGUCGGCGACAAGUUCCUCGUCGCAGGAUCGACUUCUUGCGCCAAAAUUCCGUACCACACCACAAGUCCUCUCAUCCUCGAUAAAGAAAAAGAAAUGGUUGGGUACAACGAACAGGAAGCAAACUUCAUUAAAAUGUUGAAAGACGACGAUCCUAAAGUUUCGAGGAUCGCCGUGGUCGGUCCAUGUGGCUCGGGGAAGACGAGGUUCGUGAAGAAUGCAUAUUGGAAGAAGGAAAUCCGGGACAGAUUCGAUUGCCAUGCUUAUGUUCACGUCGGGCGACGCCAUGAAACAGGGGAGAUUUUUAAGAAUCUGCUGAAGGAGUUUAACUUAUGGAAUGAAAACUCGUACUUGAGCGAUCAAAGCCACUCGAGGAAGAUGGCGAAGCUGCAAAAAUUCCUCCAUGGAAAGAGGUACAUCGUUGUUCUUGACGAUCUAUGGAGAGAAAUAGAUCAUAACUACGUCGAGAAAGCAGUUCCUGGGAGCAAAGUCAUCGUGACAACAAGAUCCUCAAACGUUGCAUCCUCCAUUGCAUCAUCUACGAAGCAUAUAUUUAAACUACAAGGACUAAAGUGGAGCGACGGAUGGAGGCUCUUCUGCAGAAAGGCUUUCCCGGACCUCGGAGGCGAAUGUCCUGUCGAUUUGAAGGUUUUUGCGACAAGAAUUGCCAUGCAAUGCGAGGGGCUGCCUUUUGCGCUGGCAAAAGUCGGUAGCUCGCUAUCGAAGCAACGAGCGCUUGGCGAAUGGGAGAAAUUCAACAAAAAUCUCGGAUGCGACAGAGGAUGGAAGAAUUUGUCGAAGUUAAAAACUAUCUACAACUCUCUCUUGCCUGGCUACAUGGAUCUCUCCAGUGAUCUCAAGUGCUGUUUCUUGUACUUCAGCAUCUUCCCGGAGGACUAUUCUAUCGAGCGCGCACACCUGGCUCGCCUUUGGGUUGCCGAAGGCUUUGCAAGGGCUACGUCUUACGAAACAGCCGAGGAGGUUGCCGAUGGCUAUCUCAAUGAGCUUAUUCAAAGAAACUUGAUUCAUGUUUCUGAAUGGGAUUUGUGUGGAAAAGCCAAAAGAUGCCGAGUGGACAACCUAGUCUUUAAGUUCAUCAUCCAGAAAUGCGAGGAAGAAAACUUCGUUUCGAUUUUCAGUAAAGAGAAUUCGAGCCAGAGUUGGAAGAUUCGACGCCUCUCAGUCCACCAUGAUCACACCAGUUUUCCUUCGAACAUAAAUUUCGAUUACGUCCGAUCCAUCUUUUUGAUGAGAUUGCUCGGAGCAUCAGCUUCUGAUUUCAACGAUUAUCUAAGCAGCAUGGAGUUGCUAAGAGUGUUUGAUUUCCAAUCUGCACCUCUCACAGAGUUCCCCAAGGGGUUCUAUGAUCUCACCAUUGUUAAGUAUCUCUGCUUCAGAGGAACCAAAAUCAAGAAAAUCCCGAGUUGGAUAAAGAGGCUUUUGCACCUUGAAACAUUGGAUCUUAAGGAAACUGAUGUUGUGGAGCUUCCCAAAGAGAUUUCUGAUUUGUACAAUUUAUGCCAUCUCUUUGUUUACAAAAACUCCGGAUCUGGCGAUGUCUUCUCCGGCGCAAAGCAGGGCGUUAAGAUGCCUGGAGGAAUCGAUAGUCUAACAAAACUACAGGAUUUGUCACUGGUUAAAGUAGACAAACAAGGUGCAAUCCUCGAGAACUUGAAUAAAUUGUCCCAAAUGAGGAAGCUUGGAGUGACUGAGCUUAAAGAAGACCAUGGCCAAGCUCUUUGCGACGCUAUCGAACAAAUGCAGCAUCUUGUAUCGUUGAAUGUCUGCGUAGCCAGUAAAGAAGAGUAUCUUGAACUGGGGAAGGAGAUCGAUGCCCCUGCGACGCUCCAACGACUCUACUUGAAAGGCCUAUUGAGGGACCUCCCGCCAUGGAUGUCGAAGCUUCAUAAUCUGCUCAAAAUUCGUCUCAUGUGGUCGAAACUAAAAGAAAGUCCGUUUACGACUCUUGGCGCUCUUCCGAACCUGCUGGAGCUUCAUCUGGUCGACUGUUACAUCGGCGAGGAGUUGGUGUUUGAGGAAAUGUUGUUCGAGAAGCUGAAGAAGUUAGUAAUUGAAGAUUUCGAAAAUGUCGAUGUAAUUUUAAUAGAGCAUGGGGCAAUGCCUGAUCUGCAGAAGCUAUCUCUCUGCAAGUGUCCUCGGUUGAAGAUGCAUCCUCUGGGAAUCGACAAACUUGGCAAUUUGCAGGAGCUUAAUUUACAGGACAUGGAUGAGGAGAUGGUGAGUCAGCUCAGGGAGAAUGGAGAGUAUCAUCAUGCUGUUAAACAUAUAGGAAAGAUUAACUGUUAAAAAAAAAACUUUCUUUCCAUUUCCAUCAUGCCUUGUCCAAUUAUUGACUUUCUUUCAGCUAUGAAUAAGUGUAAAUACACAAAAUAAUUUCGAAUUCUGAGAAAAUGUUAGAGAAAUGCAAAUCAA